AUGGAUAAGACUUGCCGUGUGUGCGCCGAUAGGGCGCCUAAUCUUAUACGCAUCUUUGACAGCAAAGACAAUAAGCCAAGUUUUGCGGAGAUGCUUAACGAUUGCAUGAAUUGUCUCAUAGAAAGAGAUGAUGCUCUGCCAAAAAUGAUUUGCCCGACAUGCGUGCAAGCUACGGAGAAUGCUUUUCAGCUUAAGCGCACCAUCGAGGAGAGCCAUAAGUAUUUUAUGUUAAUUUUGGGUCACAAUGACGAAGCAGAAGACGGGAUCGUUUCAAUUUGUGAAUCACUAGAUUCAAACGACUGGAUACUGGACGAAGUUGAACUAGACCUUAGCAGUGUGAAGCGUGAGCGCGGUGUACAGGAGAUGGAUGCGCAGUUCCAAACGAAAAUUACUGGCAUUUACAAAUACGAGGAGCGCAUUAAAAAGGAGCCCAAAAGCAAACUACAAGAAUUAUUUUCUGACGAUUUUCCGGCGAAUGAGAAGCGUCAUCUGUGUGAGAUUUGUGGCAAGAGUUUCUCAGAUGCAACGCUGCUCGAAGAGCACUCCAUGUACCACGGCGAAGACGAUCGUCCUUACAAGUGUAGUUAUUGCCCCAAGACUUUCCAUCGCCGCUCGCAUCUUCAAGUACAUGUGCGUACACACAAAGGGGAGCGACCCUUUCAAUGCUCGCUCUGUCCCAAAGUGUUUACAUAUAACCACCAUCUGAAGGAUCACUUGCUAACUCAUACAGGCGAACGUUCCCACAUCUGUACACAGUGUCCCAAGUCCUUUUUCAAGCGCUCCAACCUACAGUCGCAUAUGCGCGUCCAUUCGGGCGAACGUCCGUUCGUGUGUCCAGAUUGCUCAAAAACGUUCAACCACGCUUCAAAUCUGGAGAAACAUACACGCAUACAUUCCGACAAGCGACCAUACCCGUGUCCUCACUGCACCAAAUCCUUUACACGCCGACAGCACCUCGAGGAUCACGUUCUUGUGCAUACAGGGGAACGACCUUACAAGUGUCUAAGCUGCUCGAAGGAGUUCAAGAGCAAUCCUGGCUUUCGCAAACACGUCUGCAAUCCGCAGCAUAAAACUAAAAACUAAUCACGCCAUAUCCUACAAAUCUUAAAAAUAACUUAAAAACAUACUUAUGCAU